AUUGAACGUUUAUAUUAUUCAUUUAUUGUUAAUUAUAAUGUAUAAUAGUUAAAUUUGAGGGCAACCUUGGAAUAUUAAAAGUGCAUGAGGGUAUAUGGGUAAAAUCUCAUCAAGGAUUUAUGCCAUAUUCCAAAUCCCACAUCAACAUGUGGGAUUUAUAAGUCCGUGGGGUCCACGGAUUUGGACCAUUAAAAUCCGUGGGCCCCACGGAUUUGGUCUCCAAAAAAGGUGCAAGCAAACAACGGAUUGUACCUAGAUCCUUGAUAGUUGGUUUUUUGGUACCAAAUCCAUGUACCAAAUCCUUGAAGCAAACGACCCCUAAAGUGUUUGUAUGAUAGGCGUGGAAAACGAAAAACCUUGCAAUGGAUGAUCAAGGGCCCAAAACAAGAAUGGGCCGGAUCAAAUGUUGAGUAAGGGUAUUAUCGUCCUUCCACAACUUUUCGGCUGAGGUUUUUCUUCCAACUUCCAAGUGCCAUGGCUAGCAAGCAAUUUUUUUUGUUCAAGGUUUUAGAGCUUCAAUUAAGCUCCCAGUUCAAGAAAACGAACGGAGAAGGAAACGGAAAGGUGGAGGCAAAAUGAUGAUCGCUGCUGCUUCUUCAACGCUGCUCCAGCAUGUUAGCUCCGUCUCAGUCGCGACCAUCGUCCGGCCAGGCUUCCGUUCCCUCUCAGCUGCCUCAGCUCGCAACCUAUCCACAGCCGCCGCGGCAGCUGCUACGUCGUCGCCUCGUUCACUUUCAGCUGCACAGUCCGAUACGCGCGUCCUCCUUGGCUUGUCCGAACCGGAACUUCAACAGUUAGCUGUUGACCUCGGCCAGGAAGGCUACAGAGGGAAGCAGCUUCAUCACUUGAUAUACAAAAGAAAAGUGAAGGAAGUAGAUGAUUUUAGCCAGUUGCCCAAGGCAUUUAGAAAUGUUCUUCAAGAAGCUGGGUGGAAAGUUGGACGGUCUCCAAUCUUUCGAACUGUUACGGCUGCUGAUGGUACUAUUAAGUUAUUGAUCAAACUCGAAGACAACAGGCUGAUUGAAACUGUUGGCAUCCCUGUGAACGAUGAUAAAGGUUUAACUCGCCUAACUGCAUGCGUCUCAUCACAGGUAGGUUGUCCGCUCCGUUGCUCAUUUUGUGCCACUGGUAAAGGAGGGUUUUCAAGGAAUCUUCAGGCACAUGAGAUUGUUGAACAGGUAUUGGCUAUUGAAGAGAUCUUCAAGCACAGAGUGACAAAUGUAGUAUUCAUGGGAAUGGGUGAACCAAUGUUGAAUCUGAAGGCAGUACUUGGAGCACACCGGUGCUUAAAUAAGGAUGUUGAAAUUGGGCAAAGAAUGAUAACAAUUUCCACAGUUGGGGUUCCAAAUACAAUAAAGAAGCUGGCCUCCCAUAAGCUUCAAUCAACCUUGGCCUUCAGCUUACACGCUCCAAAUCAGAAACUCAGAGAGACAAUAGUGCCAAGUGCUAAAUCAUAUCCUCUGGAUGCAAUAAUGCAAGACUGUAAGGACUACUUUCUCCAAACCAGUAGGCGGGUAUCCUUCGAAUACGCACUUUUAGCUGGAGUGAAUGAUAAGACAGAGCAUGCCGUAGAACUAGCUGAGUUAUUGCAGAAUUGGGGACGCAAUUAUCAUGUCAACCUCAUACCAUUCAAUCCAAUUGAAGGCUCUGAUUAUCAACGUCCAACUAAAAAGGGGGUGCUAAAUUUUGCUUCCACACUAGAGGCGCGUAAAGUAACUGUGAGCAUUCGUCAACCAAGGGGGAUGGAUGCGAGUGCAGCUUGUGGUCAGCUAAGAAAUCAGUUCCAGAAAAGUCCUUUGCUCACUGAUUCAGAAAUCUCGCCACCACCUGAGACCGAGCUUGCAGUCGCAUGCUGAUGCCAAAGUUGAUGAAAUUGGGCGGUUUUGGUUUUUAGAUUUUGCCUCCUGCUACCACCAUUGGUCUGCUGAAGUUUGUCUACGUUGCGUGGUUAUACCAUAUCUUUCAUGCAGACCGAAGAUUAUGAAGAGCGUAAAGGCCAGUUUCUCCAGCAGCGGGCUGCCCAGGCAUUCACACCUGAUAUAUAUAAUCCAUAAUUUUCAAAUUAGAGGUUGCUCGGCAAGCUUGUAACGCAGACUACAUGAAUUUUAAGGACUAAGGUCUGGAGGAAUUGUAAGAAUCAUGUGAUGUUAGAAAUAUAAUUUUGUUUGCUGGAAUUGUGAUAUUCUCAUAUCAGAAAUGAGAGUACCUAGAGCAGAGGUGAAACUAUUUGGCUGUUUGUAAAAGUGUAUCGUAUCAAUGGUUCGUCCGAAAAAAUUGCCUAUCGAAUAAGCGGUAUAAAACUGUUGAAUCAUG